UUUUCUUCUUGGCUUGUAGGACUAAGUCACGUGCAAGAGCAGAAAGUGCACUGUUGUGAGAGUGCCAGUUCCUGCUUGUCACUCACCCAUUGUGCGAGGUUGCAAACUUAAUCUCCCUGUAUCUCAAUUUCCUUAUCUGUAAAAGGUUGGGGUUGUGCUGUAUGUUUUGUAAGGUCUCUUCUUUCUAUAACAAUCUGAGCUAGCUAAUUUUUAAAAUAAAAUUAUUCCUGAGAGACAAAGAAAGAUUCUUCAGAAAACCUGUCAUGAAGGGUAUUCUGUCUUCUGCUGACUUUCUGAAGCUUCCUCUCUGAAGAAGGUGAUGCUGCUGGUGGUAGUGGUGAUGGUGCUUGUUCUGCAUUUGGGUUCACUUGGUUUUAUUAAAAGGUGUAAGGAGACUUCUGAACAUGGGGCGUAUUCAGAUCUGCUUCAGCGUCAGAAGGCAACAAUGAUUGAGAAUAGCAAACUUACAGGAAAGAUAAGUGAACUGGAAAAAAUGGUAGCCGAACUAAAGAAACAAAAGUCCCGAGUAGAGGAAGAACUUCCAAAGGUCAAGGAGGCUGCGGAAAAUGAAUUGAGAAAGCAGCAGAGAAAUGUGGAAGACAUCGCUCUGCAGAAGUUAAGGGCUGAAAGCGAAGCCAAGCAGUACCGCAGGGAGCUCGAGACCAUCGUGAGGGAGAAGGAAGCUGCGGAACGGGAACUGGAGCGGGUGAGGCAGCUCACUAUGGAGGCUGAGGCCAAAAGAGCGGCUGUGGAGGAAAACCUCCUGAAUUUUCGGAAUCAGUUAGAGGAAAACACCUUUACAAGGAGAACACUGGAGGAUCAUCUUAAAAGAAAAGAUUCAAGUCUUAAUGAUUUGGAGCAACAAAAAAGUCAGUUAAUGGAAGAAUUAAGAAGAAAGAGAGACAACGAAGAAGAACUUUUAAAGCUGAUAAAACAGAUGGAAAAAGACCUUGCUUUUCAAAAGCAGGUAGCAGAGAAACAGUUGAAAGAGAAGCAGAAAAUUGAAUUGGAAGCAAGAAGAAAAAUAACUGAAAUUCAGUACUUGUGUAGAGAAAACGCAUUGCCACAGGCUGCGUCCUGCAGAGCAAUAGCAGGUCUUCAGAAAGAGCAUGACCAACAGAGAGCAGAAGAACUCAAACAGCAGGUAGAUGAGCUGACAGUGGCUAACAGGAAGGCUGAAAAAGACAUGAGGGAGCUGCAGUAUGAGCUUAACUCCCUCCAGCUUGAGAAAACUUCAUCUGAGGAAAAGGCUCGUUUGCUGAAAGAGAAACUGGAUGAAACAAAUAAUACACUAAAGUGCCUUAAGUUGGAGUUGGAAAGAAAGGAUCAGGUAGAGGAAAGGUAUUCUCAGCAACUCAGAGAACUUAAUAGGCAAUUGAACCAAACCACAGAUAAAGCUGAAGAAGUCAUGCAGGAGGCUAAUGAUCUCAAGAAAAUAAAGCAUAAUUAUCAAUUAGAAUUAGAAUCUCUUCAUCAUGAAAAAGGGAAACUGCAAAGAGAAGUAGACAGAAUCACUAGGGCACAUGCUAUAGCUGAGAGGAAUAUUCAGGAUUUAAAUUCACAAGCUGUUUCUUUUCAGGAUGAGAAGGAAUUCGAAAGAGUACGAAUGUGCCAGAGAAAAUCAGAUCACCUAAAAGAACAAUUUGAGAAAAGCCACGAGCAGUUGCUUCAAAAUAUUAGAGCUGAAAAAGAAAAUAAUGAGAAAAUCCAAAAGCUUAAUGAAGAAUUGGGGAAAAGUAAUGAGCACGCAGAAAUGUUGAAACAAAAAGUAGAUGAGCUUACUAGGCAGAAUAAUGAAACCAAAUUAAUGAUGCAGAGAAUUCAGGCAGAAUCAGAAAAUGUUGUUUUAGAAAAACAAGCUAUCCAGCAAAGAUGUGAAACACUGAAAAUUCAGGCAGAGGGUUUUAAAGAUCAGCUGCGCAACACAAAUGAGCACUUACAUAAACAGACAAAAACAGAACAGGAUUUCCAGCGAAAAAUUAAAUGCCUAGAAGAAGACCUGGCCAAAAGUCAAAAUUUAGUAAGUGAAUUUAAGCAAAAGUGUGACCAACAGAACAUCAUCAUCCAGAAUACUGAGAAAGAAGUUAGAAAUCUGAAUGCUGAGCUAAAUGCUUCCAAGGAACAAAAGCGACUUGGGGAGCAGAAAGUUCAGCUACAACAAGCUCAGGUGCAAGAGUUAAAUAACAGGUUGAAAAAGGUGCAAGACGAAUUGCACUUGAAGACCAUAGAGGAGCAGAUGACCCACAGAAAGAUGGUUCUGUUUCAGGAGGAGUCUGAUAAAUUCAAACGUUCAGCAGAGGAGUUUCGGAAAAAGAUGGAAAAAUUAAUGGAAUCCAAAGUCAUCACUGAAAAUGAUAUUUCAGGCAUUAAGCUGGACUUUGUGUCUCUUCAGCGAGAAAACUGCAGAGCUCAAGAGAAUGCUAAGCUCUGUGAAACAAAUAUUAAAGAACUUGAAAGACAGCUCCAACAAUAUCGUGAGCAAAUGCAACAUGGGCAGCAUGUGGAAGCAAAUCAUUACCAAAAAUGUCGGAAACUUGAGGAUGAGCUGAUAGCCCAGAAACGUGAAGUUGAAAACCUGAAGCAAAAAAUGGAUCAACAGAUAAAGGAGCAUGAGCAUCAAUUAGUUUUGCUCCAGUGUGAAAUUCAGAAUAAGAACACAGCCAAAGACUGUGCCUCCAAACCAGAUUUUGAGAUGACAGUGAAGGAGUGUCAGCACUCUGGAGAUCUCUCCUCUAGGAGCACUGGACAUCUUCACUCAAGGGCCAGGUCUCCAAUGUUGAGAUGGACACAGGAACCACAGCAGUUGGAGGAAAAAUGGCAACAUCGGGUUGUUGAGAAAAUACCAAAAGAAGUCCAAUUUCGGCCACCAGGGGCAACACUCGAGAAAGAGAAAAGCCAGCAGUGUUACUCUGAGUAUUUUUCUCAAACAAGCACCGAAUUACAGAUAACUAUUGAUGAGGCAAACCCUAUUACAAGACUGUCAGAAAUUGAGAAGAUAAGAGAUCAAACCCUGCACAAUUCCAGACCUCCUGUUAGGUAUCAAGAUGACAAAUAUGAAAUGGAACUGGUGAAGCUUUUGACACCCUUAGAGAUAGCUAAGAACAAGCACUAUGAUAUGCAUACAGAAGUCACAACAUUAAAACAAGAGAAGAACCCAGUUUCCAGUACGGAAGAAUGGAUGCUUGAAGGGUGCAGAGCAUCUGGUGGACUCAAGAGAGGAGAUUUCCUUAAGAAAGGCUUAGAACCAGAGACUUUCCAGAACUUUGAUAGUGAUCGUGCAUGUUCCGUUAGGGAAGAUGAAUUUGAAUUUCAAGGGCUCAGGCACACUGUGACUGCCAGACAAUUGGUUGAAGCUAAGCUUCUGGAUAUGAGAACAAUUGAGCAGCUGCGACUUGGUCUCAAGACUGUUGAAGAAGUUCAGAAAACUCUUAGCAAGUUUUUGACAAAAGCUACCUCAAUUGCAGGGCUUUACCUAGAAUCUACAAAAGAAAAGAUUUCAUUUGUCACAGCAGCCAAGAGGAUUAUAAUAGACAAAAUGAUGGCUUUAGCAUUUUUAGAAGCUCAGGCUGCAACAGGUUUUAUCAUCGACCCCAUUUCGGGUCACACAUAUUCUGUUGAAGAUGCAGUUCUUAAAGGAGUUGUUGACCCUGAAUUCAAAAUUAGGCUUCUUGAGGCAGAGAAGGCAGCCCUGGGAUAUUCAUGUUCUUCUAAGGUAUUGUCAGUGUUUCAAGCUAUGGAAAAUAGAAUGCUUGACAGACAAAAAGGUAAACAUAUUCUGGAGGCUCAGGUUGCUACUGGGGGCGUCAUUGACCCUGUCAAAGGCAUUCGUGUUCCUCCCGAAAUUGCCCUGCAGCAGGGGUUAUUAAAUAAUGCCAUCUUACAAUUUUUACACGAGCCAUCCAGCAACACAAGAGUUUUUCCUAAUCCCAAUAACAAGCAAGCUCUGUAUUACUCAGAAUUACUGCAAAUGUGUGUAUUUGAUGUGGACUGCCAGUGCUUUCUCUUUCCAUUUGGAGAGAGGGACAUUUCCAAUCUCAAUGUAGAGAAAACUCAUAAAAUUUCUGUAGUAGAUAUUAAAACAGGAGCAGAACUGACUGCAUAUGAGGCUUUCCAGAGGAACUUAAUCGAAAAAAGUAUCUAUCUUGAACUAUCAGGGCAACAAUAUCAGUGGAAGGAAGCCACAUUUUUUGAAUCCUACGGGCAUCCUUCCCAUAUGCUGAUUGAUACUAAAACAAGAUUACAGUUCAAUAUUAAUGAGGCUAUAGAGCAAGGAACACUUGACAAAGCCUUGGUCAAAAAGUAUCAAGAAGGCCAUGUCACACUUACAGAACUUGCUGAUUCUUUGCUGAGCCGGUUAGUUCCCAAGAAGGAUGUGCAUAGUCCUAUCGCAGGGUAUUGGCUGACAGCUAGUGGGGAAAGGAUCUCUGUACUAAAGGCCUCCCGUAGAAAUUUGGUUGAUCGGAUUACUGCCCUCAGAUGCCUUGAAGCUCAAGUCAGUACAGGCGGGAUAAUCGAUCCUCUUACUGGCAAAAAGUACCGAGUGGCAGAAGCUUUGCAUAGAGGCCUAGUUGAUGAGGGUUUUGCCCAGCAGCUGCGACAGUGUGAAUUAGUAAUCACAGGGAUUGGCCAUCCCAUCACUAGCAAAAUGAUGUCAGUGCUGGAAGCCGUGAAUGCAAAUAUCAUCAGUAAGGAAAUGGGAAUCCGAUGUCUGGAAUUUCAGUACUUGACAGGGGGGUUGAUAGAACCACAGGCUCACUCUCGGUUGUCAAUCGAAGAAGCUCUCCAAGUAGGAAUUAUAGAUGUCCUCAUUGCUACAAAACUCAAAGAUCAAAAGUCAUAUGUCAGAAAUGUAAUAUGUCCCCAGACAAAAAGAAAGUUAACAUAUAAAGAAGCCUUAGAAAAAGCUGAUUUUGAUUUCCACACAGGACUUAAGCUGUUAGAAGUGUCUGAACCCUUGAUGACAGGAAUUUCUAGCCUCUACUAUUCUUCCUAAUAGGACCUGUUGAAAAUAACUUUGUGCAGAGCACAUGCCAUCUGUCCAGAGCAUGAUGGUGUCUACUAAAUAUGCAGUUGAGGAAUUGUGUAACACACUCAAAGCACCAUUUAUUUUUUGAGAGCUGGAAAUCGCUGACUACUCAGAGGAGAAUAAUUUUGAAAUUGAAAAUAACAAAAGAUUUACUGCCCUUAACAUGGUUCCAUUUAGCUUUGAGAAUAGUUUUUGAACCUUGCCCGUACUAAAACCAGCAUGUUUUGCCUAGAAUAUGGGAUAAUAUGCUUGAUGAAUCCGACAAGUUCAGAGCAUCAUUUCUUCAGAACUUCCCUUCACUGACUAAAUCCAGCCUGGUGUCAGCAUUCCCAGUUACUAAAUGAUACAUUGCAGUCACUGAAAGACAACUUCACAAAGCACCAUGGAAUCACAGAAAAGUUAUAAAUUUGUUCUCACAUCCGUGAAACUGCAGUGUUUUAGAUUACUUCAAAAAAUGAAAAAGUUUUGCAUUUUCCUGUAUAUAGGGGCCUUCUUUACAUAUUAAAAUGUUUAUCUACGACAGUCUUUCUAGCUAAGACUUUGGAAUUAAAGAAUCAUCCUGUUUUUUGUCCAGAAUAAAUCUACACACUCCAUAUCAUAAAGUUAUGUAGUCUCAUGCUGACAGAUGUAAACAUAAAAAGUUCCAAGAACAAUGAAAAUACAAGCUAGGAUAUGAACAUUAUGAAUGUAUUGUGUAUUAGAGGAGGGGGAAGGAUUUUUCUUCAUUUCGUGUAUUUUUCAUAAGUGUGUAGACAUUCUCUACUCUUUCAGUUUUCCAUUGUUUCAUACCUUUCUGUCAAGACAAUCAUGAUUGUAAUGCUAAUGCAAAGGCAGCAAUUCGAAGAUCUUCUAGUGCCUCAUGAAUAAAGUUGAGUUUUUGUAUUUGUCAUAUUGAUGGAACAGCUGGGAGGUUAGACUGAUCAUUAAAGAAUGUUUGUCACAGCUUUUUUUGCUACCAUAAACAUUUUGGAAGUACAUCUGCUAUGUGACAUGGUAAACAUGAAUAAAAUAUCUCAGUAACCUGUGUGUGAUGAAAAAA